AUGAAGUCUACAAGCCAGGAACGCGUGGUUCGUACGAAGAGACCCAACAAUCUCAAAACUGCUAUAGAGUUGAUGACCAUUAAAGGUGCAGAGGUGAAGGAGGUGGAUGGGAAGGAGACUUUGGUGAGGAACGCGGAAAAUGCAGAAAAAACGUCGAGAAAAGGCGUUAUACGCGGAUGGACGUAUAUCUUCUUCCCUCGCCUUGCAAUUUAUCUUAUGCCCUAUACGAAACUUGUUCCGCUUGUCGAAAAAGCUUUCUCUGCAGCCUACGUUCAAGCAAGUGGUGUGGAGCGAGGCCGGGCUGCAAGGUCUAGUCCAAAAGAAAGCCCGCCAGAUCGAAAAACCACGACUUCCACUCUGAGAAUGGGAGCAGCCUGAGAAUAAUUCCAUGUUCAAUCGGCCGUUAUUGUGUCAGCUCCAAUGAGAACGUCCAGUCGUUUGGAAGCUCCUGCCCUCUUUCGAGAGAUGCAACAACUAGUCCUACCCCUUCGCUACGUUCGUCAACACUCGAUGUCAAGCCCAGGUUAAAUCGACGUCAACCUAUGCACGCCCACCUGAGUCAGGCUUCCGCUCAACCUACUAUGGAUCUACUAGUAGUCAAUAUAUUCGCACGUCGUUUCUGAACCGGUCAGUUCACGGUCUGGCUAACGCUCAGAUCUCUCAUCGUCCCACCCCUAGGCAAGCCUGGCAAUCAUACCCCGCAGAAACUGAUGGUAAUGCGAACAAUGAGGAAUGGGACCCCGAUUCUGCGGAUGAAGCCGACUUUUAUGUUCUUGACGAUGACACUCUUGAUGUACGCACAGUAUCUUUCCUACACAGGGGGCUGACCUCCCGCCAUCCAACAAGUCCAAAUAUUCUUUCGCCUUCGCAUAGGGAUCGUUUUUACACCUCCUACACCAAUCUCUCCAAAGUCACAAUCAGAAACCGCCCAGUCUCCUACACGCUCUCCAAGGUCGACGCAGCCUCCUCGUUCUUCCCGUACCACCCACGAGAAACAGAGCGAGGCUACACUAAACGUUGACCCUCUCACCGAGUUGGCAGCCAAAGUCAAAAUGUUUAAGUUUGAACCAUUUGUCCUUGACGUGCAUUCGAAAACGAUAAGAAAUAGCUAUAAUAGGAAAUCCGGGAGAUCGUCGUUCUCUAUCCUCUAAUGGGAGCAAUGAUGGAGACGAUGAAAGGAGUUAGUUAUACCAGCCGCCUGCUUAUCGUUUCCCCGUCACGCCGUUGUCAAUUAAGCUUCACGCUUUAUAGUUCACGUCACUCCCUUCGUUACUUUCUUCCCAGCAAUUGCCGUGUAGCUCGUGAUACUCCAUACCACAGAUGGACUAAUAUCUCAAGACAUG